GGCGUGGUGGCUCAGCGGUUGGAGCGCGAAUUCACUGACCGGAAGGUUCAUGGUUCGAACCCGACCUCUUUGUCUCGACUUCCCCUUUCUAGGCUUGGGCAACCUGGCAAUAUCCCAGCCCUCAUGCUUCAAUCAGGUAGCAUGGCACCGAAAGGCUUAAUCAUGGUCUCCGAGAGUGAGACCACACCGGUUAUACCACGAAGUAUAGAAAAGGACCUUGAGUUGGCAUCAAGUCCGCCUACGGCUCGACCAAUCCAAAAAUUGUCCAAAGAUGUUAUCAAUCGAAUAGCUGCCGGAGAAGUCAUCCAGCGGCCAGCAAACGCCGUGAAGGAGCUGUUAGAAAACUGUCUGGAUGCUGGUAGCACACAGAUUCAGAUUACUGUCCGUGCUGGUGGCUUGAAGUUGCUGCAGGUACAAGACAACGGUUGUGGCAUACAGGUUUCGGAUUUACCAAUUCUAUGUGAACGGUUCACCACCAGCAAGCUGCAUGAGUUCUCGGAUUUGUCCACUUUGUCUACUUUCGGGUUCCGUGGUGAGGCACUUGCUAGUCUCAGUCACGUGUCUCUGCUCUCUGUGACUUCCCGUACUGCCGAUCAAAAAUGUGCUUAUCGUAUGUCCUACCGGAAUGGAAACCCAUCCGGCAAAGCAGCUGCAUGUGCCGGUAAUAGAGGAACAACGAUUUUGGCUGAAGAUUUGUUCUACAAUGCACCGAUUAGGCGAACUGCUGUGCGGAGUCCUCGGGAGGAGUUUGCUCGAGUUGCUGACGUAGUCGCACAAUACGCUGUUCACUAUGCACCCAAGUGUGGUUUCCAUCUACGUGCGCUUAACACCGGUUCAAACAGCACCGGCAGUGAUCUUCGUACCUCUGCUGGUUGGUCCCGCAUGGAUGCGGUUCGAGCCGUCAUUGGGUCUGCGGUUGCUCAGAACUUGGUCGCAUUUGACAGCUGUCAAACUGGGUCAGCCGACAGCACACGUUUGGCAGUUGAGCGUCUAGGGCUGCGAUAUGAAGGCUUGCUAACAACUCCAAGCCAGGUAACAUCGGGAACCACUCCCACGCUCCGACUAAGCCUGUUUAUCAACAAUCGUAUGGUUGAAUGCACAUCGAUUAAACGUGCUUUGGAAUCCUCAUAUUCCACGGUGCUUUCUCGUACGCUGUCAUCCAGCCCAGGUACCCAGUCCAUUUUACGAAGGUCCUUCGGUCCAACAUCAACGGCUUUCAAACCCGGUGGUUCCCACUGUAGUCUGUUUGUAUACUUAAACCUGCAGUUACCCCCUGAAAGUUUGGACGUGAAUGUGCAUCCUACAAAAGCCCAAGUGAAUUUCCUCAAUGAGGAACAAAUCGUCAAUGGUCUGCAGGACGCAGUUGAGCGCUGUUUGUUGUCCUCAGCUCAAGUGCGGUCUUUCCUCACCCGUCCACUCCAACUUUCAGAAGUGAGUAACAAUCGCCCUUCAGAUACUUCAGUGAAUGAGGAAUGUGAAUCAAACAGAUCUUUCAAACCUCAAGAAAAGGUGCGAGUCGAUGUGAAAGAACAAUGUCUGGAAAAAUUUGGGCUAGUUUCUAAGCAUUCGCCUCAGAUGGGUCAUAAAACUUGGGACGGUCGUGUUUCGCAGCCCGUGAACGAUCUAGUUCGGCAGAAAUCCUGUCCACCAUCUCCAGGAAGUCCCGAUAUAGAAGAAGAAGAUGGGGAGCAGCCGAAUAGCGAAGACGUUAUAGAUCAUGCAUCUACGACCAAAGCGUUUUCAAGCACUGAUACCAAACAAGCAACUGACGUUUCACCUCUGACCUCGCGUCCGCUACUCAAAACCGAAACUCCGAAACGUUCUUUACAUGACACAUCGUUAGAGCCCCUACAAUCCAGUACAUCCGUCACAUUUCCCCCACCACCAACCAAACGUCGCAUUGUUCGCUUAAACAGUGUGCUCCAAAUGCGAGAGCGAAUCGCGGCUAACGCGGAUGAACAGGCAAAACGCCUACUUCGGUCGUCCAAGUUCGUCGGUUUAAUUGAUGAGACACGUUGUCUCAUCCAACACUCGACCGAUUUAUUGUUGGCACGGCUUGUACCUCUAUCAACGGCGUUGUUUUAUCAAUUAAUGGUGUUUAACUUCGCAAAUCAUGGAGAGAUGAUCUUAAGUGAACCCGCUCCCGUCAAAGAACUCUUGAUAAUUAGUCAAUCCUUCGGUCCUACUUCAUUCAAGUCCGAGGAUCCUUCAGCUUUCGUUCAGAAUGCAAUCCAAACUCUUCAAAGUAAUUCGGCUAUGCUAUGGGACUAUUUCUCGAUGAAAUUUGAACCAGACACCACAAAUGGUGACCUCAUGUUGGUCAGUCUUCCCUUACUCCUACAAAAGUACAUUCCUGAUCUAACCCGCUUACCAAUCUACGUUAUGCGACUCGCAACGGAAGUCAACUGGGACGAGGAAAUCAACUGCUUUGAAGAUAUAUGUCGUAUUACCGCCGAAUUCUACGCUCCAGUCCCUAAGUUGUCUUUACUUUCAACUUCCGAAAAACUAGCCGAGGGAACUGCUAAAAUUGAUGAUGAUGUCAAAGAUACUUCUUCUUCCGGGCAAACACCGGAAGUCCCCGUUCGUUGGAUGAUUGAACAUGUUCUUUGGCCCGCUCUGUCAUCGUCUUUGAUUCCCGGACAUGGACUUCUUUACGAGGCUCCUCCCCUUAGUCAGCUUUCCAGCCAACCACAAUCCGCUUCGUCCCAGUGUGCUUUCUUUCGCCUCACCAGAUUAUCAGAUUUGUACAAAGUAUUCGAGCGCUGUUGA